UUGCACGAUGGAUCACGUUGAAGAAAGAUUGAUCGAGGAGGUCAGAAAGUACGACCACCUCUACAACUCCUCGUCGAAGAACUACAAAGACUGCCAGGUGGCCAGUAACUCCUGGCGGGAAAUAUCCAGGAACACGGGGCUGGAGGUCGUGGAGUGUAUGAAGAGGUGGAAGAACCUCCGCGACAAGUAUGUCCGUCUCCGGAAGAAACAUGCGACAAGAAGCGGCGACCCAGGCGGCCGAAGAGUGCCAGCCUUUUAUCCUUUCCUCUCAUGGCUGGCCCCGCACGUGAAGCACCGCGAGACGGAGUCCAACGAUCCAAAGACCAGUUCAGUGGAGAGCACGCCGUCCAGUUCGGCGGAGAGCGACACAUCCGCUUGCUCAUCAGAACCAUCACCCACCGAGCCCCCCCGAUCCGCCACCCCAGAAUCGCCUUCUACCCCUCAACCUGGUAUCUGCAUCCCGCUGGCUUCUGUCCCCGUUGAGUCCCCCGUGUCUCGGAAGAGAAAGAGGGACCAGGACGACCAGGACAGGUUUGUCAAGCAAAUGGCAAACCUAGAAGAGCGUUUGGUGGAGGUACAACAGAGGCUUCUGCAGGGGGAUCAGCAGAGGCUUCUGCAGGGGGCACAGCAGGGGGGUGACGAAUGCUCCAGGUUCGGGCAAACUUUGGCCGACAUGCUCCGGAGAGUGCCAGAGGACAGCAGGCCCGAAGUUAUGUGCGAAGUUUACAACUUGGUCCACGAAAGUAGAAAGAACUUUUAACGCUUUUUGUAAAUAGUUUAUAUGUUCAUUGUGUUCAUUUGAUGUGACGUUUUUCUAUAUAUAUAUUUUUUGCACCUGUUUAUAUUUUGUAUAUAUUACAAUUUAUA